AUGGCGGAGUUCAGAGGGUACCACAUCCCGUCAUUCGGCGCGACAGUGAACGUCGUGUGGGAAACGAUAAAGAUGAAACUACCAGAAAAUAGCCCCUGCAUGGAAUUAAUCCGAGGACCUGAACCGGGACAACCAAGACCGGGGGUCGGACAGGGUUUCCAGCCAUAUGGCGAGGGUGAAAACACUGAAAUGACUGAGAUGAAUGGAGAGCAGGCGUUUGGGGGUCCACAAAAUUCCGGAGUCGCUGAAGAGUCGUUUAGUUAUCAACGUAAUGGGGAUAAAAUUCGCGGAGGAAGUGUUAGCAGCGGCGGGUUCAGUGAAUACGAUGACGGGGGCGGAGAAUUUGCCAGCGGAAUUAAAAUUAACGAAUGGCAAGCUGCAUGGAAUGUCACCAAUGCCAUCCAGGGAAUGUUCAUCGUCUCUUUACCAUUCGCGGUUCUCCGUGGAGGCUACUGGGCGAUUGCAGCGAUGAUAGGAGUGGCGCACAUCUGCUGUUACACCGGUAAGAUUCUCGUGGAAUGUCUGUACGAGCUGGACCCAGUGACCGGCCAGCGAGUCCGUGUGCGUGACUCAUACGUAGCGAUCGCUAAAGAAUGUUUCGGGCCUAGAUGGGGAGCAAGAGCAGUAAACAUCGCGCAAAUAAUAGAACUCCUAAUGACCUGCAUACUCUACGUAGUAGUGUGUGGGGACCUGAUGAUCGGGAGCUACCCAGAGGGACCAAUAGACGCGCGAAGCUGGAUGAUGCUGAUCGGUAUAUUCUUGAUACCCUUGGGCUUCCUCAAGUCGCUUCACCACGUCUCUGUCCUCAGCUUCUGGUGCACGAUGGCCCACAUUUUUAUCAACGUAAUAAUCCUGGGGUACUGCAUCCUGGAGAUAGCAGACUGGGGAUGGGCCAAAGUAAAGUGGACCAUCGACAUCGAGACCUUCCCCAUCUCCCUGGGUGUCAUCGUCUUCAGUUACACUUCUCACAUCUUCUUGCCUACUCUCGAGGGUAAUCUGAUCGACCGGUCCAAGUUCGACUGGAUGUUGGACUGGAGCCACAUCGCAGCGGCUCUCUUCAAGUCCGUCUUCGGCUGGGUCUGCUUUUUGACCUUCCAAAACGACACCCAGCAGGUGAUCACCAACAAUCUUCAUUCAGUCGGCUUCAAAGGUCUGGUAAAUUUUUGCCUGGUCAUCAAGGCUCUGCUGUCCUACCCGCUGCCUUAUUACGCAGCUUGCGAGUUGCUAGAAAGGGCUUUUCUUCGCGGCAGACCCAAGACUAUUUUCCCGACGAUCUGGACAGUAGACCACGAACUCAAGGUCUGGGGUCUUGCCUGGCGGGUCGGUGUUAUUGUCUUCACUAUUAUGAUGGCGAUUUUCAUCCCUCACUUCAGUAUUCUGAUGGGCUUCAUUGGUUCUUUCACUGGAACUAUGCUCUCCUUCAUCUGGCCGUGCUAUUUUCACCUUAAACUUAAGAGGAACUCGAUGGAGAUGCGGGAAGUCGCUUACGACUGUUUUGUUAUUGGGUUAGGAGUUGUCUUCGGGGUGAUCGGUGUCUUCGACUCGGGCAAGGCUCUUAUCAAAGCCUUUGAAAUAGGUCUUCCAUUUUAA